AAUAUAAUGAGGUCCGUGAGCGGUGCAAGCCAUUUUGGUGGAAGGAUCGGAGCGAGAUGUGUUCGCCGUGGGUUCUGCUGGGGCUGGUGAUGGCAGCCGUGUCGGGGGCGCGUGGCACUGCCGAGGUGAUGAGCCACGUCACGGCACACUUCGGGAAGGCUUUGGAGGAGUGCAGGACUGAAUCGGGCCUGUCCCCCGAGAUCCUGGAGGAGUUCCAGCACUUCUGGAGCGAGGACUUCGAGGUGGUGCACCGCGAGCUGGGCUGCGCGCUCAUCUGCAUGAGCAACAAGUUGUCUCUGCUGCAGGACGACACGCGCAUCCACCACGUCAACAUGCACGACUACGUCAAAGGCUUCCCGAACGGCGAGGUUCUCUCCGAGAAGAUGGUGAACCUGCUCCACAACUGCGAGAAGCAGUUCGAUGACAUCACGGACGACUGCCAGCGGACCGUGAAGGUGGCAGCCUGCUUCAAGGUCGACGCGAAGAAGGAGGGCAUCGCGCCGGAGGUCGCCAUGAUCGAGGCCGUCAUGGAGAGAUAUUAGCACGGAUGUUGGACGAUACUGAGAGAGCAAUGGAAAUAUCUUCAGAAUCCUUUACGAGUAGAGCCACUCUUGAAAUGUUUGGAUAGCUAUUUCAGAUAUAUGGAUCUCUAAAUAGAGGUUGCUGGUUACUGUUGAAUUUAUCUGCCAGAUAUCUUUAUUUGUGACCUGAGAAAGAAAAUAUUGUAGUUUAUCGGAAGUAGCAAGUGAUGAAAGACUGUUUUCUAAAAUGACGCUUGGAACUAAAUCUAAACUCAAGUCUGUAAUUAAGAGUUUAAAAGGAACUGAAGGUAUUUCUAUUUGCUCGCAAAGUUAAUGACUUAAGAUUGUUCUAUUGAUGUUUUGUUGUUAGUAAUAGAGUUAUACUGAUACACAGACGAUGUAUAAAUAAAAUUACUUUGGACUUGUAACGUGAUCAUGUAAAAAUAAUUCUUGCAUGUCACCAUGAAAUACACUUUUCAAUACA